GGUCUAUACGAGACGUAGCCGGUAGGCGGCAGUGUUGCCCUUUUGGCGCAGGCUUUACUUUUUCUUUUUCUUUUUUUUUUCCUUUAGCUCAGUUCUUUUUUAGUAACGUCCAUGUGUCUAAUCUUUUAAGUAAAUGUUGGAUUGUUUUUGAAAAUUGUGCUCCCGACCAUGGGGAAAAGAGAUAACCGAGUGGCAUAUAUCAAUCCAAUAGCUGCUGCUAGAGCACGUGGGCCACCCACCUCAUCUGGUCCAUCAAUACAGGAUUAUCUUAACAGACCGAGACCAACCUGGGAGGAAGUAAAGGAACAACUUGAAAAGAAAAAAAAAGGUUCCCGAACACUGGCAGAAUUUGAAGAAAAAAUGAAUGAAAGAUGGAAAAAAGAACUUGAAAAGAACAGAGAGAAAUUACUUGGUGGAAAUGAAAGCCUGUCUAAAAAGAAGGAGAAGAAAAGAAAAAUUAAGAAAAAGCAUAGCAGGCAUUCUUCAUCUUCCUCCUCUUCAUCCACUUCUGAUUCUUCCAGUUACUCGUCAGAUUCUGAUGAGGAGAAAGAAGAAAAGAGCCAUAUUAGGAAGAAGCGAAAGAGAAAACAUAGUUCUGCAAAAAUUUCAGGAGAUGAAUAUCGAUCUGAAUCAGACUCUGAAGCAAAGGAGUCUGCCAAGAAGAAAAAAAAGAAAUUUAAAGAAGAUCCUGAAAAGGAAAAGGAGGAUAAGACUGCAGGCAGCAACAAAAAAAAGAAAAAUGACCGAAACUACAGGCAGUCUUCCUCUGAAUCAACUUCUGAAACUGACAUGGAAGAAGAUGCUGAAUCAAGGCUCAAAAGAAUUAAGACAGAAGAGAAAGAUGGAUCUAAUGGGAAAUCAAAGAAUAAAAAGAAGCACAAGAAACAAGGGAAGAAGAAGAAGAAAAAGAAAGCAUACAGUUCAAGCUCUGAUUCCUUAUGAUGUGGACAAAGACAAUUACAUGAAGUACGCAGCAGCAAAGGAGCUGCAUACCGGUUUUAAGAUUUGGCUUUUGUUAUUUAUCAA